GGUGUGAGCACAGCGCUGUAUUUGACCGGUAGGUGGCAGUAAAUGCGCUUCUGUUUGUUAGUCGACGUCCAUGAAGAAGAUUGUGUGUCAUGUGCUGCAGUGUUUUGUUUUCAACGGCAACACUUUCUGCUCUAGAUACAUUACACCAGCAGGGGAGAUGCCUGUGUGCUUUCUAGUAAGUGAAGAUGAUUCACAUAAACCCAUCCAGCUUCAUCACCAACAAUCCGUGACUCUGGGUCGAGGGCCACAAACUAGGAUCAAAGACAAAAAGUGCUCAAGAGAACAAGUUGAAUUGAGAGCUGAUUGCAACAGAGGAUUUAUCACUGUUAAACAGUUGGGUGUCAAUCCUACAAAUGUGGAUAAUGUGGUUGUGGGCAAAGGCAAUCAGGUGACCGUAAAGCCAGGCCAGAGACUUUCCAUGGUCAAUCAGCAGUAUCCUUACACAGUCAAGUUCACUGAGGACACAUCCACACCCAGAUCUGCCGCAGAGCUGAGCAAACCUUCAAAAAGAGCCCAUCGGAUGAGCUCCGAGGGGAACGGAGAGAAGAUCAAGAGCCCUGCAAACACAACAUCAGACCAUCACAGAAUGUCAGACGAUUCACCUCCGCCAAAAAAGACACUGCCAUCUGGAUCUGAUAAAUCUGAAUCUGCUGGCCAUUGGAGCCAAGGGCUUAAAGUGUCAAUGCAGGACCCUAAGAUGCAGGUGUAUAAAGAUGAGAGGGUUGUGGUCAUCAAGGACAAGUACCCAAAGGCGCGGUACCACUGGCUGGUGCUGCCGUGGGACUCCAUCUCUAGUCUGAAGGCUCUGCGCUCGGAGCACGUGGAGCUGCUCAAACACAUGCAGCGUGUGGGAGAUCAGAUGCUGCAGCAGUGCCCUGAUGCUCACAAACUGCGCUUCCGUCUGGGAUAUCACGCCAUCCCCAGCAUGAGUCAUGUCCACCUGCACGUAAUCAGCCAAGACUUUGACUCGCCGUGUUUGAAGAACAAGAAACACUGGAAUUCCUUCACUACUGACUAUUUUGUGGAUUCUCGAGAUGUCAUUGCGAUGCUGGAGCAUGAUGGGAAAGUGACCGUGAAAGAAGGCACUAGUGAUUUACUGAAGCUGCCUCUGCGCUGUCACUUGUGUCGUAAAGAGCAGCCCACGAUACCUAAACUAAAAGAACAUCUCAAAACUCACCUGCCUUCUUAAAUCUGUAUUUAAUCUGUUAAAAAUCUGUCAAAUUACAAUUCAUUUGUUAAACCGCCCAUUGAAUCUUUUAGUAAAUUCAAUUUGUUCUGGA